AACUGCCCAGCUGGAGGGCGUUGAUAGGGCUAUUAAUAGCUCGCAGUUUGGUGCUACGUGCUGUAUCGCUCCCCAUUACGGACGAGAAGGGGGCAGCUGGGUGGUCCAGUGCUUAGAGCGCAGGGUCGGAGGCAGGAAAACUCAAAUGCCGCCUCUGACACUAACUUAGUUGAGUGACUCCGGGCACAUCGUUGAACUCUGGCUGCCUCCGGUUUCCUCCUCUGUAAAGUGGCUGGAAAAGCUAAGGGCAAAAUACGUGCCCAAAAAAAGGGGGAGUCACACGGGGGGCACGACGGAGAAAAGUCUGAACACAAAUAGGAGAGAAUUGGGGCCAAAUCAGGUCUACAGUUAUUAGGACCUGACUCCUGAGCCACGUGCUAAACGCUGGAAUUAGAAGGAAAGACUAGAUUGCCUGCCCUCAGGGGGCUGGCAGUCUACCCCGGGAAGGCAGCGGCAGCCUGCUCGGCAUACAAAGGCAGGAACGCGGCCAAACGAGAGCGGCAGAGGCGAGGCGCGGAGUGAAACGUUGAAGUACUCCCAGUUCCUCACUACCACAUGGAGGUCAGCCACUCGGUAAAGGAGCGUACCAUUGCUGAGAAUAGCCUGGUCAUCCUGCUGCAGGGUCUCCGGGGCCUGGUAACCACAGUGGACCUGCGGGAUGAGACUGUGGCCCGUGGCCGAGUAGACAACGUGGAUGCCUUCAUGAACAUUCGCCUGGCUGAGGUCACCUACACAGACCGACAGGGCCAGCAGGUCCAGCUUGAUGACCUCUUUGUGACUGGUCGCAAUGUCCGCUAUGUCCACAUUCCCGAUGAGGUAGAUAUCACUGCCACCAUUGAGCAGCAACUUCAGGCCAUCCAUCGGGUGCGCAACUUUGGCAGCGAGGGUAAAGGUCGAAGAGAAUUUCCUACCAGGAAGUACAAGUGAAAGACAUUCCUCCUUCACCCUGAUAUCUUCAGAGCCAUUGGCCUUACACCUUUUGAUGGAGGCUGCUACACUGCUUUCUGACAGCCAGUUCUCCCCCAUCAGGAUACAGACCACAAGGAUAAGCUCAUUCCAAAACCACAUUUGCCUUUUACAAGUCCAGGAUUUGAUCUGGGUACUCAAAAUCUGAUAUGUUCAUAAUCUUGGAUUAGUUGAAGACCAUCCUCCAUGCUUCAUGCCUAAUUGGACCCAUGGAGCUCCCUGAUUCUGUAUUAAAAGGUUAAUUUCAGCCAUUUUUAAUAUUUUCCUAAAAUACAUUGGUGAUCUUUGCUGCUAAA